AUGUUGGAUAAACCUGAAGUAUCUUCUAGCAGUGUUGCCAAUACGUCUACUCAACGUGUUUCUAUGGAAUCGUUAUCGAUGGAUAGCUCUACUAGCAAUGAAUUUCGAGCAACCCCAAAAAGUUUUUACCAUCAAACAGCACCUCCAACUCCUAUAACUCAUUCUUAUCAACACCAACCGCCACAGUGUCAUUCACAACCACCACAGAGUCCAGCUAUUCAACAAUUACAACAACGAAGUAUGUCUUUGCAGCAACAUCCACAUGUUCAACAACAACAACAGCAGAGUCAUUUACAUCAAUAUUUUCCGGCACAACCUCCAAUGCAACAAAUCCAGCAGCCUAUGCAAUCUCAACACCCCUCACAAACUCUACUUCCUUUCUCCCCAAUCCAGCAAGGUCAAUAUGGCAUUUCACCGCAAAUGAUUCAGCAUCCAAAUAGCAUGAUGCAUGGACAUCCACAUUGGAUACAUCAUCAACAACAGUUACAGCAGCAACAACAAUUUCAACAACAACAAUUACAACAGCAACAACAAUUACAGCAGAUCAAUCAGGACUUUGACAGUUUGCUCACCACCUAUAAAGAAUCAAAGACUUUGAUUUCUCUUUUAUAUAGAUUUAAAUCCGUGUCACGACACUUGCAGAUAUGA